AUGCCUUCUAGCUCCGGAAGCCAGCCAAUCCCAGCUAAGAGCAGCUCUUCGGCGGGCCAUCAUGACAUCCAAUCAGCCUUUGCGUCGUCGUUCCGGUCAGCCUCGCCUCUGGCACAGGAGAUGUUAGCCCGUGACCUCGCGGAGUGCUCGGACGAAGAUGAAGAGGUGCCCUUCGACUCGGAGGCGGUCGAAGAGGGAGAGGACGGGGACGAGGACGAGGACGUCGAUGCCCUCCCCGGGCCGACCCUCUACCGCCGGCCAAGCGGUAUCGCCUUCGGCACCAUACGCCCCGCUUUUGGCACGGGUGCCAUCGAUGAGCCGGCUCUGCUCACCCGCUCGGAACGGACCCGUAGCCGUGACGCGGAGCGCUCUCUCCUUCGGGACAACCACAUCCUUCCUCCCAAACACCAACAUCACCAUACCCCAAAGAAAGGUCUUGCCGGACAAGUCUCGGGUCUUUACAAGCGCCUCUUCAGCACGAAAGUGCGCCUCCCAGCCGGUGACGAGGAAGCCCACAGCCCGGGACAGUCACCCCCGCGGAUCGGGCUCGCGACCAGCCUCGACACGCUGUGCGCGCAGGCCUUCGGCUCCGGCCACAAGCAGCUCGUCGGCCUGCAGCUGCAGCGCAUGACCUACUUCCUCCUGCUGCUGCUGCUGCCCGUCGCCGCCGUCUGGCUGCACGCCGAGCCCAUCCUGGCCUCCAUGAUCGACAGGGACAGCGCUGCGUUGGCUGCCAGCUACCUGCGCAUCGCCCUGCUCGGCACGCCCGCCUACGCGGCCUUCGAGGGCGGCAAGCGCUUCGUGCAGGCGCAGGGCCUGUUCCACGCCACCACGUACGUCCUCCUGGUGGCCGCGCCGACCAACGCGUUCUUGAACUGGUUGUUUGUGUGGAGGUUUGGCUGGGGCUUCGUCGGUGCCCCGAUGGCCGUCGCUAUCACCCAGAACAUGCUGCCCGCGCUGCUUUUCUUGUACGUGUGGAAGAUUGACGGCUCCCAGGCCUGGGGUGGGUUCAGGAAGAGUGCGCUGAAGAACUGGGGGCCGAUGAUCAGAUUGGCCUUGCCGGGCAUGAUCAUGGUUGUGGCCGAGUGGUUCGCCUUUGAGAUCUUGACCCUCGCGUCCGGGAGGAUGGGCGUCGAGUUUCUCGCAGCGCAGAGCGUCCUAGUGACGGUGACCAGCACGACGUUCCAGAUCCCUUUCCCGCUCUCCAUCGCUGGCUCGACCCGGUUGGCUAACCUCAUUGGGGCCAAGCUGGUCGACGCGGCCAAGACGUCGGCCAAAGUGACUAUCGUUGGCGGAGCACUGGUGGGGUUGUUCAAUGUAAUUCUCCUGUCGGUGUUCAGGUACCACAUACCGUUGCUAUUCACGCAUGACAGCAAGGUCAUCGAGCUCGUGGCCCGGACGCUCCCCAUCUGUGCCAUUAUGCAGCUCUUCGACAGCAUGGCGGCCGUCUCUCACGCGCUGUUGCGAGGCAUCGGCCGUCAAGAGUUCGGAGGGUAUGCCAACCUCAUCUGCUACUACGCGGUGGCGCUGCCCAUAUCGUUCGGGUUGGGAUUCGGCCUCGAUUGGAAACUCAGCGGGCUCUGGAUUGGCGUCACGAUUGGGCUCUUCAUCGUCUCGGUGGCCGAGUAUUGGUUCACAUUUCGCGUUGACUGGCACCAGGCAGCCAGGGAAGCUGAGAGCAGGAAUGCUUCAGGGUAA